UGCCACCUAUCUGAUCACAAGUCGCAGCAGAGAAAAACCGCAUAAAAAGGUCCAGUGAAGCAUCAAUUAUUGAGGAAGAGAAAAAUCCAACCUUUAUUUUCUUUCUUGGAGUAGGAUGAAUCACCACGUCUUCCUCGCCGCCGUCGUGCUCCUCGCCGUCGUCGGCUAUGCGGUCAAGAACCGACGCCGUAAAGGCCGCAAGCUCCCGCCCUCGCCGCCGUCGCUCCCGUUCCUCGGCCACCUGCAUCUCGUCGGCCCGCUCCUGCACCGCUCCUUGCGCGAGCUGCACCUGCGGUACGGCAGCGAGGAAGGCCUGCUCCUCCUGCAGCUCGGGCGCCGGCGGACGCUGGUCGUGUCCACGGCCGCGGCGGCGGCGGACCUGUACAGGAACCACGACCUCGCCUUCGCCUCCCGCCCGCUCAGCGCGGCGGCCCACAAGCUGUCGUUCGGCUCGAGGAACAUCACCUUCGCGCCGUUCGGGGACAACUGGCGCCGCGCCAAGAAGAUGGCCGCCGUCCACGUCCUCUCGCCGCGGCGCGUCGAGUCGUUCGCUCCCGUGCGGGCCGCCGAGGCGGCGGCUCUCGUCACCCAAGUCCGCCGCGCCGCCGCCGCGGCGAACGGGGGUGCCGUCGAGCUGAGGGACCUCCUGUACAGCUACUCCAACGCGGUGGUGACACGUGCGGCGACCGGCGCCGCCGGGACGACGGCGGACACGCUGAAGCAGUUGCUGGGGAACGCCACGUCGCUGGUGGCCGGGGUCCAGGCGGACGACCUGCUGCCGGACAUGGCGGCGAAGGUGCUGAGGUGGGCUACGGGGCUCGAGAAGAAAUAUGACGACUCGAUGGAGGAGUGGGAGAAGUUCAUGUCGCCGAUAAUAGCCGAACACGUGGAGGACGGCGGUGCAGGGGAGGAGGAUUUCGUCGACGUCUUGCUGCGGCUCAAGCGAGAAGGCACCGAUGGGUUCGAGCUAACGGACACUCGCGUCAAGAGCAUCGUCGUGGAUUUGAUCGCUGCCGCAACUGAGACAACGUCGGUGACGUUGGAGUGGAGCAUGGUGGAGCUCGUGGCGAACCCGCCGGUGAUGGCGAAGUUGCGAGAGGAGAUCACUCGAGUGGCCGACAGGAAGCCGGCCAUCACGGAGGCGGAGGUGAGCGGGAUGGCGUAUCUGAAGGCGGUGGUGAAGGAGGCGCUCCGGCUCCACCCACCCGCCCCGAUCCUGGUCCCGCACCAGUCGACGGCGGCGGCGGUCGUGCAGGGCUACGAGAUCCCGGCCGGGACCUCGCUGUUCAUCAACGCGUGGGCGAUCGGGAGGGACACGGCGGCGUGGGACUCGCCGGAGGAGUUCCGGCCGGAGCGGUUCUUGAACUGCCAGGUGGACUUCAGGGGGAACGACUACCAGCUCGUCCCGUUCGGCGCCGGCCGGCGGAUCUGCCCAGGCAUAAACUUCGCCUUGCCGGUGCUGGAGAUGGCGCUGGUCGGCCUCCUGCACCACUUCGACUGGGAGCUCCCCGCCGACGUGGACAUGAGCGAGGCGCCCGGGCUGACCACGCCGCUGCUUGUCCCUCUCCGCCUUGUCCCCAAGUGCAAGACGUCGCUUGCGUAGAUACCGCUGCUCAUCGUUCGUCCUGAUUCCUGCGCAGUCUCGCAGAUGCAGAGCAUCCGCAUCCGCAUCUGGUCAGUGAGACAGCGAUCCGAUGAACAGGACGCUCAUUGUCGCAUGCUAUUUCAUCACCGAUCGAUACUUCGAUACUGCUCUGAUCAGAGUAUACAUAUGUAGUUGAUGUAAAAUGUCCCCAAAACUGCUGGAAUCUUAAGUCGAUGAAGCUUUGCACUGUUGCACCCUGGUCGCUGCAAAAUCGUGCUGUGAAAAAUCUGGAUGGAGUCGAGAGGAAGAAGACGAUCCGUGCGCCCUCUGUCCGAUGGGCCGAAAUUCCGGCCCAUUUUAUACGUAUGGGCCGUUGUUUUACUUUUGUUUCCGGGCCGGAAUAGAGUCUGUAAAUACUUCUGGCCUGUGCUCUCCCUUCUAAUUUUUCAUGAAUCAAACAACCAAACGAGAUAUU